AUAAAUAUUUACACAAAGCAGGAAGUUUUAAACGGGUUUGAUUUAUCAAAACAUAUAGUUUCUGUUUUUGUUAGUGUGAUAUACCUGCAUUUGCAUAACAUUCUACUAUUCAAUGGAUGUCGAGAAGUUUCCAGAAGUAGUAGAACUGAAUGUUGGUGGCAAGUUACUUACAACGCUGCUUAGUACAUUGAGAAAAGAAGAAAAUAGUUUGUUGGCCGCCAUGUUUAGCGGACGUCAUCAGAUUUCAAGGGACAGACAUGGGCGAUAUUUCAUCGACUAUGACGGCAAUGUCUUUGAAAAUAUUUUGAAUUAUCUACGGCAUGGCUCAAUUUCACCAAAAGAAAAGGCGUUAGAAAUCUUUGAUUGUGCAGCAUAUUUUGGUAUAGAAUCUCUGGGCGAAAGUCUUAUGAUGUAUCAGAAUGUUCUGUAUCGGAAAAGGUUCACAUAUUUGAAAGAGAAACUAGACAAAGAACAGUUCAGAAAGCUGAAACAAUAUGCUGUAACAUAUUUCAACAAAAACUUUCACCCUUCAGAAGACAAACAUUUUGCAUUUACCUCUACAAACAAUUGUGCGUAUUUUGAAGAAAGAGAUGGGGAAAGAUAUUUGCAUCAUAAUCAAAUUCCACCUACUGGCAUACUAUUUGGUACAGGCAUCAAAAAUGUAGCAUGGUAUAAAGACGAAGUACACGAAGAAUUAACGAGGUGUCUGACACAUGACCUGUGCGAACUAGGUUUCGGAACGUUUUGUUAUUAUGGCUUUUCCUUCGACUGCAGUGCAAAUGGUGCGGAAAUAGCGUUUGUCAUGCAAUAG